AUGGCAUCAAGCGAUUCCCUUUUCUUUUUAUUGAACAACGUGUGGGUUGCGCCUACAGCCGUGUUCAGCAGCCGCGCUAAUAGCGCGUCCUUGGCUGUGUAUUUGCCUGCCACGGUGUCUCAAGCGCAUUCAGGGUGCCAAAUCGCAGCGGGUGGAUAUGCAAUCGACGUUGCCCGCCCAGGUGGGGAUUCGGUUUCUCCACAUGGAAAGUUUCUAUUGAUCAAUGUGAACAGCUCGGAUGACUUGGGAGACAAACUUGAUGAACUGGUCCUACACUCGUUUAGGAAUUGGGGGCAGUCCUCCACAAAGUUGAAAGCUGUUAAGAUUCAUGUUCUGCGUUCGCUUCUAUCAGAUUUCAAUUUUCAUCGCCCUCCUCUUCUGCCACUUCUGCUGCAACCAAAUUGGGGACUUCCUCACACGCUGCGUGCUGCCGCAUGGCGGAAAUAUCAACCAUGGCACCACUGCCCGCGCCGAAAGCCCACGGCGGGGCUCCAACAACAGGCACCUCAUUUCGAUUCUUCUACGGAGCCGCCAUUGGAGGCUGUCUUUCUUUCCAUCUUCUCUUGGCAGCCCUUGUUUUCUUCCCUCGUGGACGUAGGCGCGGCGCACGCUCUAGGCAUCCGGCCGACAGUUCUUGAAGCGGCGUCGAGGGCGUUUCUUGCUGCAGCGCUGACUCGACGUGAAAACGCCCUUCAUAUCAACAGGUCUUCGAUUUCUUCGUACUCACAAGCAAGGCAACACUAUGGACACUUCUGCCUCGAAGCUGCUGCCGACGCACUUGCGCUGGCGGGGACGGUGAACCUCUCUAGCGGCCGUCGUGACGCGAGGCCGUCGAGGGCUCGCGGGCAAGAUGAGUCCAGUAGCCUGCUACACGAUGGUGGGUGCGCAGAGGGUCCUCGGCUGUCUGCAUCGGUUCACAGCAUUGUUGCCGCCGCUUUGCUCGCAAGGAGCUGUGACAGGAGUCUUGCAACUGUGUGCCCUCGUGUCACGUUGAUGCGAGCUAUUUCGUACUGGUGGUGCCUUGAGCAGCUGCAGCUCCCAGAUCCUUGGUCUUCAUCCGGUAGCGGGGGAGGAGGACCGAGGCACAGGGCACCGUCCCGCGGAGAGAAUGGAUGGGUUCCUGUGGUCCUGAAUCACCGUUCAGAAGCACCCUCACCUUUUACACCGUUAGGUGGCGACUCAUGCUCGCCAACACAAGUCAGCCCCGGGAGCUUACUGACGUCCCCGAGUGGGAGCUUGAGUCUUGCACGCGGUGGGGGGGGUCCAGGCACAGUCAGCACUAACGAUUCCAUGCGAAUUACGCCGGGGGCUUCGGCAGCUGUUGCCUCCUCGGGAGCAAGCGGGGCGUCCGACGGCAGGACCGCGACCUGUGGUGAUCUUUACCUCGUGCGGGGCAAAAACAUCCCCAGCAGCGGGAACCGCCUGCUCCAGCAACUUCAGGACUCGUUUGACUCGUCUAUGGCGGCAGUGCUGGAAAGACAACAUGAAUCUCUGAUUCAACUUCGAGAGAGGCAGAGCACGGAGAUGGAGGAGGCUUGUGGGCGUCGAGAGGAACGCGGGGUGGAACAUAGUGGCGGUGAGGGGCCGCGCAGUGCACGGCACGAUGAAAGGCUAGGUGCAGAAAGCGUUGCAGCACAGGACGAGAUCAAAUCUGCUCUACGGUCAGAGUCGCUGAUGCCGCCACACAGCGCGGAGGCGAGCGAAACCAAUUCUACUGUGAAGUCUGGUGGCGGAGGCUCGCCAGCGGAGGACGUCGCCGGUAUGCGAGGGUCACAAGGCACCCUGGGUCGUACCAAUGCGGGGUUACAAAAGGGAAGCGGUUCCCUAGAUGCUGCUGAGGAGAGGCCGAUCGUCAGCCCAAGUUGUGAAGUGGCAAAAACGGUUGAAGCACUUGUGUUGCAACACGUAAGCGAGUUCGAAUUGCUCGAACUGCACUGGCGAGCUGAGCGAGUCCUUCUGAGACAGCAACAUCUGCAAGACUUGAAGGACGUGGCAGUUGAUCUGUAUCUCCUCCACAAGGCGGCAGUGGACGGGCAGGACAGCCCUUUGAUUCUUCCUCCACUUCCAUCCGCUCACGAGAGCGACCUCCUCCCUGCAGACUGGCACUCUCGUAACUACGGGGGGUCGGUCUCCCAGGAAGCCUUGUUGGGGCUUCACCAGAGGCAAGGCACCGUUGAUGUGGUAGGGGGGACACACACGCGUGGGAGGACCUCCAGUAACCGGCUUUCUGCUGAAGAGACAUCAGUUGAAGUCUGUAACCCGCACUGGCACGAAGAUCGCGCAGGUGAAGGCCGGCGUACGAUGAGUCGGUCCCCUCUGUUUCCAGCCAGUCCCAUUUCUGCAGGUGGAGGUGGGCGUGCGACCAGGGGCCCCGUUGACGAAGUCAGCUCCGGAGAGAUGGAAGCAUCGUCGAAUUCCUUCGGUACUCGAGGACUGCCGUCGACAGAGCGAAACGCCGUCUCAUUCGGCGCUUCGCAGCACCAGCCACUAGCAUUACCUCCGGCGUUGCAUAUCGUCACUCCGACCAGCGUCCUACGGCGAUUGAUUGAACACCGCAGGAAACAACAAGAGGAGCGCGCAAAGGAGGGCGGCAAUCAGGCGGUAAAGGACUGGCGGCAAGGCACUUUAUCGGGGGUAGUUGGUUCUUCGUCUGCGCCAAGGGACGCACGGCUUCCUGUAUCACGCCGUAGCAGUUGCGGUGAAGUGACCGCAGGGUCCGCCUCAUCCUCUGAAAGGCCUCGCGCUCGAUCGUCACGGUCGUCGCUUGUGGCAGUGGAAGGUGGGGCGAGUCCCCCCUCCUCUGCAACUCGUAGAGGGGAUCAAGUAAGGACUCCGCCAAGCGCGAGAGCAGCACGAGAGCCGCCUAGCUUUCCAGCGGUUGUAGACGUCCGACCCCUCUUGAGCCCUUCAGUGUGGGAACAGAGGCUGCGGUGCUGGCCAGAAGAGCAGAUGCUGAGACGGCUCAAACAGCAUGCGAUCCUACCUCUCAUGUUUGGUCAACAACGGAAGAGAUGCUUCGUCAUUCGGAUUUGCACAGGAAACGUCACAGAUAUUGCCCAGCACGCGUCAUCGGCGAGUGCCGGAGGAGCACAGCUGUGUUCAGCUUCCGGUGGGGUCGAAGCAACGACUCUGCGUACACCGGAGGGCCGCUUCGGUCAAUUCCGAACUGGUGACGCGCGCCUCGCAUGUCAUGAAAGCUCAAGUACGUUUUCGGACUCUUACGUGGACUAUUUGUGUGGCAUGUCUGCGGCGUAUGACUACCAUGCAACGGAGUAUCCGUCGCGUGCGGAUUUCUUUUGGAUCGACUCUGUCGCAUCCCCCUUCACUGGACGCAGCUACUGUUCUGAUGACGCCUUGAUGGGCGGGGCACCCCCGCCGGGCGCAGGCGGCGCAUGCUACCGCAGAGGUAGUUUGGCCUCCAUAGUGACAGCGCGAGGGACGCAACUGGGCAUCAGCCGUUCGGGUGAGGAGGAAGCGGAUUUGGGGAGGUCUGUGUCUGCAGAUGCCAGCGCCCUCCUCGGCUUUUCAAAUUCCUCAAGUUCUCUAGGUCGGGCGCCGUCAUGCGAUCCAUUCUCACACACGGUGUGCAUCAAGGCUGCCGACCACGCAAGGUGCCGCGGCUGCUCAGGGGGGAUUGGAAAUUGCUGGUGCUCAUCCUCCUUUUCUCUGGUCGGACCCCGGCCCCAGCCGCUCGUCGCGAUAGUCCUGCCAGUCGCUACUUCGCUGAAACUGCGGGCCCCCGCGUACCAGCGGUGGCGCGCGCAGACAGCUGCAGCCAGUGACUUUGUCUUUCCUGGAAUCGAUGAGCAACGUCGGAUGCUGGACGUCCACCUUAGGCGACGAGCCGUUGCUCAGAACCAGGGACUAGCUGAAGGACCCGGUAGCGUUGGAGGAACCGGCCACGUGACAGCAGUGUCUGGAGAGCCUGGAACGUUUCCUUCCGCAGCCCCUUCAGCACUCGAAGUCGGCGAAGUAUUUAUCUCUCGCCACUCAAACAACGGCGGCGCCAGCGUUAUCUUCCAUUUGGUCGUGUCCGGGGCAGCUCCGGCCUCACGCAAGGCGAUGCCAGUGUCUGCUGUUGGUAAACUCGCAACGGCUGUGCGCGGCAGUGAACUGUGUCAGAGAGACGCUGUAGUGACAAGCGUGACAGACAGGGAUUAUCUGAGACGAAUGCGCAGUACGAAUUCAGGUGGCAACGACGACACAAGCGCAGGCAAGCCGCGGUUUGAUGGGGACGACACAAAGGAGCCCGAGUCAGAUUUAUGCAGGCUGGGCGCAAAUGAGGACUCUGGCACUCCAGCCAGCGGGGACCCGAGCUUUCGAAAUCCGCCUCCGAGUUUGGAGAAGGCUGUGCACAAGCCUCAACAGGACUCAGCUCUUCUGUUGGGCACCUGUAAACUCGAGCCAGAGGGUUUGCUUCCGUCUGAGCUUCAGAGAGGCCUUAAAGAGGUUCUGAGCGUUGCGAGCACGGGGGGGAUAAGAACCCUGACAAUGCCUCUGUUGCUGACGGAUGGAGGCGCAGCGGACUGUUCUCUUCCCUUCGCGCUACUUCAACGCCGCGUGUUCCAGGUGUUGCGCUGCCUGAUAAAUGAGCUAAGAUGUAUUGCGAGUUCCAGCGAACGUAGUCCUCAACUGCGGCAGAUUGUGCUGGUGCUCCCCCAGCAACAAUCGCAGCGGCAUGAAGCAGGCAAGGGCGCGGCCAAGGGUGGAGGGGAGGUCUCGGCAGGGGAUGUUGAUGGAGAGCGGAAAACUCAAGAUGAGAGGUGGAUGAACGGCAUUCUUCAAUCAACAAUCAACUUCAUCAGACACAGCACACACUGUUGCACCCUUGUGAGGUAA